AUGGGCUGGCGAGACUUCGUCUACCAGCCACGCAGCAUAUACCAGGCGAACGCUAUAUUUACCUCAAUGCAAUUUUUAACUGCAUGCAAUGGCUUCUGGUAUCACAACAGAAGUAUUUAUCAGCUGUUUAAUGAUACCAUUCAACGAGAGCGCAUCAAAGCGAUGGAUCAGCUCAAGCUAACCAUCUACGCUUUGGAAUUGCUAAUGACACCUGUGAAUCAUGUGAUCGUCAUGUAUUUAAUGCUAAGAAAGGUGCGCGACCACAUUGCACUCUACGAACGCUUGGAUGCAUUGGACCAGCAGCUGAUACGGGAGUUCGGUGUGAAUUUGAACUAUCACAAGCUGCUGCAAAAUAACCUUAUUCAGACGACAAUUUUAACAAUGCUUCAUUACUCCGCUAUUACUUGGACCAUAGUACACGAGGUGCCGGAUAGAGUGGCGCAAGCUUGCGUCUUUGUGUUUUUAUAUUUACUCAGCAUUAGCGGCCCGAAUUGGACUUGCUAUUUGCAUGCAGGCUUCGCCCAAAUAUUACGUGUUCGUUUUCGUCUGCUGCAAAAGUUGCUCAACGCUGACUUUUUGUUAACGAACUUCCCAGAACUGCAUAUAUGUGAAGUUCGUCUUCAGUGCCUUGUCGGAAUGGUGCGUAGUUUUCACGAAAUCAUCGAUGACAUUAAUAACGUUUACCGCGCCGCCUUGGUGGCGGUGUUAUUGCACGAUUUCACGCUGGUAACCAAUAUACUAUACAUGCUCUUCGGCCACUCGAUCGGCAAAACCGAUGACGGCAUAUUCUUCGCAUAUGGCGCAAUGUGGCUCAUAGUGCCGUUGCACAAAUUUAUAUCUACGCCCAACUACUGCAGCAAGGCGAUUGAGGAGGGCAAACGCUGCUUGCGUUUAAUCGAACAAAUCGACAUUUGGUUUCCAAACUUCAAAUCAGCCAAACGAGUGGUGGACGCUACAAUGCAUUGGCGCCUGGAAAACAAAAUUGAAUUCACUUGCGGUUUCAAUAUGAUCUUCAAUAGAACCAUUAUCGCAACGAUAACGGCAGUUGUCUUCAAUUAUUUGCUCAUACUCAUACAGUUCCGUAUGACCCAAUUAAUGGGUCAACAAAUUGAGGAACAGAAGAACGCUUUGCACGAUUGGUUUGGUGACCUUUAAUGCACGUA